UUUAUUGUCAGUUUAUAAUGUUUUUUUAUUUACUGUCAGUUUAUAAUGUUUUUUUACAACCAACUUGGAAUUGUUAUUGCUGUAGCUUUCUUCUCUGUUGUACUAUAUGACAUUUCUUACAAAGUUGAAGAAAACCGAUGUGGGAUGACGUGGAUGUAUGAGCAACCAGAAUUCAUUAAAUUAACCAUGCCGAGUGUUGUGCAACAUGAGUUUGCCAAGUAUUCACUUUUCAUAUAUGGAGAGGGAAGCUAUGCAACUUACUUAAAAAACAUGCAAGGAAAAUACAAAUUGGAUGGAGUUCCUGUUUUAUUUGUGCAUGGAAAUGGGGGUAGCUAUAAGCAGGUUCGAUCUCUUGGUUCUGUAUCCCUUCGUAAAUCUGAAAAAUCUGUUUAUCAUUUUAAUUAUUUUAGUGUAGAUUUUAAAGAAGAACUUUCUGCUCUGUAUGGUCCGUUUCUAUAUCGACAAACAAAGUUCCUUCAACAUGCUAUAACACAAAUAUUUAAUUGUUACUCUCACCUGCCAAUUUCUUUAAGACCAACUUCUAUUAUUGCUGUUGGUCAUUCAAUGGGAGGUGUAGUUAUACGUGGUUUAUACACACUGUCUUCAUUUAAUGCUUCAUUAAUAAACACUAUUAUCAGUUUAGCAACUCCACAAAAAGAAGCUCCCUUGUUUCUAGAUAACUUUAUUUAUGAAUUUUACCAUGAAGUGAACAAUUAUUGGAUACGUGAAAGCAAUGGAAAGUUAUUUAAUACAACUUUUUUGUCAAUUGCUGGCGGAUUUAGAGAUCACUUGGUUCGCAGUGAUUUGUGUUUUAUAAAAACUUUGAAUAAAAAUCAGAGAUAUUCACUUACAACAAGUAUUCCCCACAUUUGGCGAUCAACUGACCACCAAUGUAUUGUGUGGUGUAAUGAGUUAGUCCGCGCGCUUACCCGUUGUUUUUUCAAGAUGAUUGUUUUUAAAACAAAGCAAGUGUCAAAAAGUCAUAAUCGUAGACUAAAAGUUUUCGACAGUAUUUUUUUUAAUGCAGACUUGAAGCACAGUGCUCCAAGAAACAAUUGUGUUUCUAUCCAGGUUGAGAAUACUAUGAGUUCUUUCUAUGCGAACAAAAGCUGCUUUCAUCUAUACUCUAUUAAUGGUCAUGGAAUAAUUUUAUUAUCUGAAGGUUCAUUGAGUGAGUGGGUUUUAUUAUGCGACAAUUCAGCUUGUGUUUUUCCAUAUUACACGUUUCCGACUCAUAAAAAGUCUUCAUUUUAUUUUUAUGUGAAUUCAAGUGUUACAAUAUUGGAUGGCAGCAAUGAAGUUUUUGUUCAAGCUUAUGAUAAAACUAAUUUUCUCUCAGUAAAUAUUCCAUUUUUGUUUAUUGAAGAAAAGUUGUUUCAUUUCCAGAAAUCAUUUUUUAUUAAAAUAAAUUUAAUUGGUUUUAUUGAAACAUGGCAAGCUUAUAAAUUGACAUUCAACAAUAAUUAUUCCUUUCAAGCUACUGUAGGUCUUUUUUCUCCAUUUACUUCAGAUAUUGAAUAUUUUCUAUUGAAUGGCAGUGAAUCAAUUUCACUUAAACUUUUUAAAGGGAAGCCUUACAAUAAAUAUUAUGACAAACAUGUUUAUUUAAUGAUUUGGAGCAAAAACAUAUCUUCCAUUAAUGUGCGGAUUCAACCUGAUUUUGUAGCGAUUUUUGGACAGAUUUUUAAAUUCAAUUAUGCAAAAAUAUUGCGUAUUACAAUUCUUUUUUGUAUUUUGAAAUCCCUUGCUGAAUUUUCUAAAUUAGGUCAAUUUAAUGUCUUUCAGUCAACAUUAUUUGUUGUUUCAUUGACCUUGCUUAUGUUGUCAACCAAAUUAUUGUUUAAAUUUAAUAUGGAUGUUAUUACUCGAACAGUUUGGAUUGAAAUAUUUUUAGUUUUUAUAUCAUUUUUUCUCUCAGGAGUUUGGCACAGCUUAGUUAGAAAGUUUAUUAUUGCCUUAUGUGUUUUACUAACACUUUUAGUUUCAGUAAAUAAAUUGGACCAAAUGAAAUUUACAAAGUUUAUGCUUCUAGCUACCAUAUCAACUCUGAGUGGCUUAGCUAUAUGCCAAUAUAUAUUUUUUGGUAUGCCUUUUUUAUUUUUUAUUAUGAUCAACAUAAUAAAAAUAAAUACUUCAGAAGAUUGUGAAAUUAAAAAAGUACAGAUGAGUAUUCUUGGUGGUAUUUUACCUUCAAUUAUUAUUUUGCUAGUAGUCCCUACAAUAAUUUAUGUUAAAGAUUGCAUUGAAAGUACUUCCUCCUUAGAAGGUGCCUCAAUAAAUAUUCUAUGCCUUCAUAUUACUUAUGUUCUUUAUUUGAUAGUUGAUCUAUCAGUUCCUAAAAUUAGAACUAUAUAUGUGUAUUUUAUAGCUGUAGUUAUUUUAACUGUACUAUCAGAAACCUUUCAACUAUUUAACCAAGUCUAUAUAACAAUAUUUUUUCUUAUUUAUAUAUCCCUUUUUUCUUUGAUAAAAAAAUUUUAUUUUUUAUUUUUUAUAGUUUCAAAGUUCAAAAUUUUGUAAUAUUGUUUAUAAAAAUAACAUCAAUAGAAUAAAUAAUAAUUAAUUAUGUUUUAGUUGACAUUUAUUAUUGUAGUUUUUAGAGUGUUUCUGUUCUGCAGGAAUGGAAAGAAAUAAUAGACCAUUGUUGCCUAUGCAGUGCAUUGGCUUUUGUUAAAUUAUUAUAUAAAACAUUUGUUAAUUUACCUCCCUAAGGCCGAAAGACCACUACAGUUGAUGAGGUUGAGAAAGUAAUCUACUACUACUUAGGAUUUUAUAACUUUUACUAUAGUUCAUCUAGCACAGUUGUACUAUAGUUCAUCUAACACAGUUGUACUAUAGUUCAUCUAACACAGUUGUACUAUAGUUCAUCUAACACAGUUGUACUUUAGUUCAUCUAACACAGUUGUACUAUAGUUCAUCUAACACAGUUUUACUAUAGUUCAUCUAACACAGUUGUACUAUAGUUCAUCUAACACAGUUGUACUAUAGUUCAUCUAACACAGUUGUACUUUAGUUCAUCUAACACAGUUGUACUAUAGUUCAUCUAACACAGUUGUACUAUAGUUCAUCUAACACAGUUGUACUAUAGUUCAUCUAACACAGUUGUACUAUAGUUCAUCUAACACAGUUGUAAAUGUUUAAUGGCAGUUAUAUCAUAGGAAUCUUUCUAGAUACAGUUUGAUAGAGUGUGUGAAUGUCAUGAGUGUAGGUUGUUUAAUGUAUACAAUAUUGUUAUAUUUUUAUAUACCUAAUUAUUAUUGUUAUUAUUAUUAUUUUU